AUGCCACCACCCACAUGUGAGGACACAACACCACUAAAAGGUCUUGAUCGGUCAGAACGUGAGGGAGGUGUCGUGACUCUCCUCGCACAGGAUUGUUGGACGAUACGCCUAAUGGAACGGCACGUUACGGGUUACCCGAGUUGUGUUAAUUAUGAGGUCCUACCUCGGCACGCACGGCCUCCUUGCGCUGCGGGUGUGAUCAACAAAAGAAGCAAACCAAUUCACCCACCAAAAAAAGACAGCCUUUCCUUGCCGCCAAGCAUCCUGCGCACGACUAACCAAAUAGCGGACGACCUAACAAAGAUGGGGUUAGCGAUGCGUCUGGAGACUGAAAAGAAUAAAAUGCGUGGAAAAAAACUCGAGACAGAUGGUUCUCGGGAUCCUACCAUGGUACUGACACCUAUUGGCUUCAGGAUGGGCUUACUGGCUCCUCCGUAUGAUGUUCGAUCCACAUACCGACAUGACUAUUCUGGUGAGGUUGAUGGAGUCGGUUUAGGAAAGAAUAUUUGGAAAAAAUAUCUAGAAAAUUAUCGCAAAAAAUGGAAUUCAGAAGAUGCCUCGGAUGUAGAUCGAGCAAUGCAAAUUCCGUACCUAACGGUCCCAGAGAGAAUCUGCAGCCUCAGGCCCACGAUGUACCGCUCGGAUUACAUGCCGCGCAUUUCUCGAAACGACCUCCGCACGCUUCCGCAUCAGGUUAACUUACCUAGUAUCGGAAACACUUACGCGUACUCGGCCUAUACCACUGACGAUCCGCGUCGUGACGUCCCGUUUGACCCAGAUGUCGCAUCCAUUACGGAUCUUCGGAAUGUACUGUACGAGACUUACUCUCCACAUUCCUACUCUGCAGAAAAAGGCGUUGAUAAACGUUCUCUGCGUGAGUAUUUGGGCCAGCUACGUGAAUCCAUGCUGCAUGCUCAUCAAGGAUGCGCAGGGUCCAAGCACGUAAAGGAGAGCCCGUACAACGAGUCAGUCUUUAAACUCACUCGAACAGUGGUUGUACCAGGAACGAAUGGAUGCCCCUCACAGUGUAUUCCGCUGGAUCCUGAAAACUAUAUCAUGCUCCCACAGGACCACUUUGGCCACAGACCGGUUUACGAUUAUUAA